CGGAAGCAGUAAUGCUGACCCAGCUGUCUUACUUCCUGAAUAUUUGACAACAUUCGCGACAUUCUCUUAUCAAAAACAAACAUGUAAUAGUACAUAUUCACAUUACCAAUGUGAUUUCCGAGGCAAAACACAUCGAUCCGUCGCCGUUGCUAGCUUAUUUACCGGAGUCUGGGGGUAAAAAAAAGAAUCUGAAUUCUGUCGAUGGACAUUUUGUUUUUCGUUGAGCAAUAGCGUUGCAGUUUUCCGCUUCAUUGGCGCGAAUGGGCAUGGACAGCUAACGUUUUGCAUCAAAUAAACUCCCAUCGUCUGCUGGUCAAAUCGCGUGGGGGGAAAUAUCAAGCGGUCGGGUGUUAGUGUAGCUGUUUUUCUUGGUCGCAUUUAUCAGGAGUGCUGCUGCAUUAGUAGUCUGCGAGUAAUAAAUAACACCGAGUUUACAACAAAAAAAUAAACAAAAUGAGCUUCUUCAGUUUUGGCCAAAGUGCUGAAAUCGACGUGGUGCUCAACGACGCUGAGACGAGGAAGAAGGCUGAACACAAGACUGAGGACGGCAAGAAAGACAAAUAUUUCCUCUUCUACGAUGGGGAGACUGUCAGCGGAAGGGUGAACGUCACGCUGAAGAGCCCCGGCAAAAGACUGGAGCACCAGGGGAUCAAAAUUGAGUUUGUAGGACAGAUUGAGCUGUAUUACGACAGAGGCAACCACCAUGAGUUUGUGUCCCUGGUGAAAGACCUGGCAAGGCCCGGCGAGAUGACCCAGUCUCAGACGUUUGACUUUGAGUUCACUCACGUGGAAAAACCCUACGAGUCCUACACGGGUCAGAAUGUCAAACUCAGAUACUUCCUGCGUGCGACCGUGAUCCGAAGACUGAACGACAUCAGCAAGGAGUUGGACAUCGUGGUGCACACGUUGAGCACUUAUCCCGAACUCAACUCCUCCAUUAAAAUGGAAGUCGGGAUUGAGGAUUGUCUCCACAUUGAAUUUGAAUACAACAAAUCCAAGUACCACCUGAAAGACGUCAUUGUGGGUAAAAUCUACUUCCUGCUUGUGAGGAUUAAGAUAAAGCACAUGGAGAUUGACAUCAUUAAACGAGAAACAACGGGCACGGGGCCCAGCGUGUACCACGAAAAUGACACCAUCGCCAAGUACGAGAUUAUGGAUGGCGCACCGGUCAGGGGCGAGUCCAUCCCCAUCCGGUUGUUUCUGGCCGGCUAUGAUCUGACUCCCACCAUGCGAGACAUCAACAAGAAGUUCUCGGUGCGCUACUACCUGAACCUGGUGCUGAUAGACGAGGAGGAGAGGCGCUAUUUCAAACAGCAGGAGAUCACACUGUGGAGGAAAGGAGACGUGGUGAGGAAGAGCAUGUCCCACCAGGCCGCCAUCGCCUCCCAGCGGUACGAGGGCUCGGCGGCUUCAGAGAGCGCGUUGGAGCAGUGUGCAAAGGAGGACAGUGGGUAGAACCGCCUCCAGGAGACUGGACCAUGGCGUAACAUCUGGCGAAGCAGCUGUCGGAGGGAGGAAUAAAAGGGAGGCUGACCUCCAGCAUGGACUAUGAAAAAUGGAGCAUUCCAAAAUGACUUCAGGCUGCUGGUCUCAUCCUUCCUCGAUAAUGCUUUUUUGUUCUUGUUUCUUGAGGGGAAUCUGACUAAAUCACCUGUGUUCAACCUCGCCGAUGUUCAAGCUAAUGCCAGUCUGUGUAUUCCUAUAACGCUUUUGCGGCUUCAACAAGCAACAUUCCAGUUGAAACAAACUCAUUCCUAACAGCAUUGGAAGGUAAUGUGAAAUGCACCGUGGGGCGGCGGAGGGGGGGGGCUCUCACGCCCCGAGCGUCUGUAAAUAUGAGCAGUUUGUGUCACGUGAUCUCAGCAUUCCAAGCCGCCAUGUCAAAUUGUUUGUGCUGACCAGUCUUUUGUUUUUGUAGACACUUGUGUGUGUCAAGCAAAGUUAUCCCGCCUUUUAAAACAUGAUUUUGAAUAUUUUAACCAGAGAAGACUUACAGUAGAAAUAUCUAUAUCUUUUGCAAAAUGCUUAUGAAUUAUUCAUCAUCCCCAAUUGUCAAAUAAAUUGAUGCCAACUGACAAAAGUUGUAUUGCAAUGUUU